AUGGCGAUGGUGUUAGAUGCUUUUGCAUCCUACCUAGGGCACAUGCUCACGCAUGUAGCAGCAAAUAAGGCAGGGACGAUGCUGGGCGUCUCCGGUGAGAUCGACAAGAUGGGCAGCAAGCUUCUGGACCUCAAGAACUUCUUGGCUGAUGCCGAUCAGAGGAACAUCACCGACACAACCGUCCAAGAGUGGGUCGGGCAGCUAAAGCGUGCCAUGUAUGAAGCUACUGACAUCCUCGAUCUGUGCCAGCUGAAGGCCAUGGAGCGUGGACCUUCCGCCGUAAAUGCAGGGUGCUUCAAUCCCUUGCUCUUCUGCAUGCGGAAUCCCAUCCUUGCUCAUGAGAUCGGCAUCCGCAUCAAGGCGCUCAAUAGGAGGCUUGACUCCAUCAAGGAACGAGGCGCUUCAUUCAACUUCAUCAAUCUCAGGUACUAUGAGGAUCAUAGCAGCAAUGCCCACUCCUCUCUCCAUGGUAAUCCAAACCGGGAGACGGCUGGGGACUUUGACCGGGCAGCUAUGGUUGGGGAGAAGAUUGAAGAAGACGCACGAGCACUGGUUGUUCAGAUCAUGCAGACUAGAAAGGAGGUCAACAAUGACAUCAGGGUGGUCGCCAUCGUAGGUGUCGGCGGUAUUGGCAAGACAACCCUUGCCCAGAAGGUCUUCAAUGAUGAUGCAAUUCAAGGUGAGUUCAGUAAAAGGAUAUGGUUGAGCAUCAACCAAAACUUUACUGAGGUUGAGCUGCUGAGAAGAGCAAUUAUUGAAGCCGAAGGAGACUCCCAGUCGGCUGGAAAUGCAAAGGCCACUCUUCACCAAAAUCUCAAGGAUUCCAUUAUUGGUCACAAGACCUUACUGGUAAUGGAUGAUGUGUGGGACCAUGGAGCAUGGGAGGGUGUGCUCAGAAUACCCUUUAUCAAUGCUGCUGCUUCAGGCAGCCGAGUCCUCAUCACCACGAGAGAUGAAGGUGUCGCUCGAGGGAUGGCAGCAAGAUGGCCCUACCACCACAUUGACACAUUAUUGCUUGAAGAUGCCUGGUCAUUGCUCAAGAAGCAGGUACUCUCAAGUGAGAUAGAUGAAGAUCACAUCAAUACGCUGAAGGAUGUUGGAUUGAAAAUUAUACAAAAAUGUGGUGGCUUACCACUCGCCAUCAAAGUAAUGGGAGGGCUCUUGCGUGAAAGAGGGGGACUACGUCGUGAUUGGGAGCAUGUUCUGGAUGAUUCGAAAUGGUCAAUAACUAAAAUGCCCCAAGAGCUCAACUAUGCAGUAUACUUGAGCUAUGAAUAUAUGCCUUCUUACCUGAAGCAGUGCUUUUUAUUCUACUCUAUUCUUCCUAAAAGUAAAUUUUUUACUCUGAAUCAAGUCGUCGCAAUGUGGAUAAGUGAAGGAUUUAUUCAUGGAAACUCCAGUGAUUUGGAAGAAUUGGGAAGAAGUUACUACAAGGAGUUGGUAUCUAGGAACCUUAUAGAGCCAGAUAAAUCGUAUAUUGGUUUAAUGGUUUGCAGCAUGCAUGAUGUUGUUCGCUCAUUUGCUCAGUAUAUGACUAAAGAUGAAGCACUCGUAGCUCAUGACGGGGAGAAUGAUAUUCUUACUGGACUUAGUUCACAAAAGUUUCUUCGGCUGUCCAUAGAAGCCAACCAAUCACAAUCAGGUGAACUUGACUGGAAAUCUCUACGAGCGCAACAAUCAGUGAGAACAUUAAUCUUAACUAUCCAGAUCAAGAUGAAUCCUGGUGAUUCACUGGUUACCUUUUCUAGUUUGCGGAUUCUAUAUAUACACUCUGUAGGUGUGGCUGCAUUGGUUGAAUCGUUGCAUCAACUCAAGCACCUGAGGUAUCUGGCACUAUUAAACACUGACAUAUCUGUUCUUCCAGAGAACAUUGGCAAGAUGAAGCUAUUGCAAUAUUUUGACCUUAUUGGAUGUAAAAAUUUGGUGAAUCUUCCAAAUAGCAUUGUGAAGCUUAGCCAGCUGAGGUUACUUAUUCUUCCCACGUCAAGUAUUGUACCUAGAGGGUUCAGCGGUCUGACAAAUAUGAGGAGACUAAGCGGGUUUCGAGCCCACAUGGAUAGCGAUUCAUGCAACUUGGAUGAGUUGGGGCCUCUUUCCCAACUCAGAUUUCUUACUUUACAUGAAUUGGAGAAUGUGUCGGCUGCCCUGUUUGCUGCUAAUGCUAAGCUUGGUGAGAAAAAACAUCUUAUUGACAUAGCCUUGAACUGCACAAGCAAACUAGGAAAUGAUGGGUUGGUCGAAGAGAAAGAAGGUGUUUCUGAGGAAGAGCAGCGACGAAUUGUGAAUGUGUUCAAUGAGCUCUGCCCUCCGCCUAGUGUUGAAAAUCUGGAAAUUGAGGGCUAUUUUGGACAGAAACUCCCUAGUUGGAUUAUGUCGACUUCAACAGUGCUGCUCGGCAACUUGAGGACUCUACUGUUUGCUGACUUGGCCUGUUGCACACAACUUCCCAAUGGGUUGUGCCAGCUCCCCAAUCUGCAGUUGCUACAGGUCCGUCGUGCUCCAUGCAUCAAGCGUGUUGGAACUAGAUUCUUGCAGGCGGCGGCAACUCCAUUUCCAAGGUUAAACAAAUUGACCUUAGGAGGAAUGGUGCAAUGGGAGGAGUGGGAGUGGGAGGAGCAAGUACAAGCCAUGCCCCGUUUGGAGAAGCUUACACUCAUUACUUGCAAACUGAUGCGUGUACCUCCUGGCCUUGCCUCCAAUGCAAGGGCUUUGAAAGUAUUAUCUUUCAACAAUGUCCAACAACUUUGCUGCCUUGAGAACUUUCCUUUUGUUGUAGAGCUUACAGUGUCUGGAAGCUCCGACCUGGAGAGGAUCACCGAUCUCCCUAAUAUGCAGAAACUUAUCAUCUCCAGUUGCCCAAAGUUGAAGGUGUUGGAGCGCAUCCCUAAACUCGAGAGGCUAGUCCUUGAGGAUUAUAUCAUGGAACAACUCCCAGGUUACAUGCAAGAUAUCAAUCCACGACAUUUGUUGUUACAUUGCAGAAUAUGGUUGCUAUCUGCAUUAGCCGUGGGACAAUCUGGUCUCGAGUGGGACAAGUUCAGCCAUGUGGAGCAUGUCAAGGCAUAUGCACGUGACAGAGACAACCAAAGGAAAUGGUACUUGUUUUACACAAGAAGAGACAACUUCAAGUUGGAUUCAAAUACCAGCUGCUAUACCAUAUUUGAAGAAACACUAUCAUCUUGUAUGGUGGACGCACAAGGAUUUGAGACUGUGUACAAAAUGAGAAGAAGUACCUUUAAUCACGUCUGCAGGUUGGUGAGGGUGUCAUUUUUUGAAGAUAUGAUGACAAGGGGUCACACUUUCACCUUUGUUGAUGGGAGAGUGUUGUGUUUACAAGAUUGUGUAGCUGUCGCUUUGAGAAUGUUGAACUCUGGUGAGCCACAGGAGGUCAUAGGAUCCUCAGUUGGUGUGAACGAGUCAACUGUCUCGCUUGUUACUCAGAUGUUUGUUGACGCUAUGUGGAAGCAAGAAAUCCACAACGUACUCUGGCCGCGCUAUGCUGAGAUGGAAAAGAUCAAGCACAAGUUUGACAAGAUCCACGGCCUGCCCAACUGCUGCGGUGUUGUACAUACAGCUCACAUCACAUUUGGAUCGCUAAACCAUGAACCUGGUGAUGGGGAGUAUGACGACAUGCUAAUGCUAGUCGUUGAUCCAGAUAUGAGGUUCAUAGACACUGACCUUGGAUCACAGAACCAAUUGAGCGUUUUGCACGACUCGUGGCUGUUUAAGUCCUGCCAGGAGGGUACUACGCUGAAUGGCAGUAAGCUGAAGGUAUCAGAUUGUCUGGAUGUUGGGGAAUACAUCAUUGGUGAUGCAGGAUACCCUCUUCUCCCCUGGCUCCUCACACCUUACCCGCUGGAAGACAAGGACCUCUCUGCAGAUUUCCCUUUAUAUCAAGCCGAGUUCAACAGGAGACACUCUGCAGCAUCAACCCUGGCGCUGGUUGCGGUGGCGAGGUUGAAAGACACUUGGAAAAUCCUGGACAGAGCUGUCAGUUCAGGCCCGAAUCUUAGACCAACCUAUGUGUGUUGCAUGUUGCAUAAUAUAGUUAUAGAUAUGGAAAAAGCGGAGCAGGGGGUGGAGGAGGGUGUAGGCAUGGAGGAGAAGGUGCGGCAGUUAGCGGACGAGGACGCCGCAAGGACGAGGGACGUGCUGGCCAAGCACUUGAUUGAAUCUAGAGAGGAGGAAAAAGAAGCAGCAGUAGUAGUUGCAUCCAGUUCAGGAGAUCAAAACAAGGGAUAG